AUGGGGCUGCUGAGCAAAUACAUGCGCCGAGAUGUAUUGUGGACUUCAGGGGAAAAGAGCGGCCGGGAGAGCUGGACGGCCGACUUCACCCACGAGCUCUUCCGCUUCGCCCUGGAGUGUGAGUGUCAGNNGCUGUCCGGGGAGCGGCUGGGGCUGCUGCAGGACUUCGUGGACCCCGAGGCGCAGCGCUUCAUCGACGCCGUGACCCUGAUGUUCCACACCACCUCGCCCAUGCUCUACCUGCCGCCCGCCCUCCUCCGCCACCUCAAGGCCAAGACGUGGCGGGACCAUGUCCAGGCCUGGGAUGCCAUCUUCACCCAGGCGGACAAAUGCAUACAAAACGUCUACCGGGACCUGCGGCUGCAACGCAAGAGCACCAAGGAGUACAUGGGCAUCCUCUGCAGCCUCAUCAUGCAGGACAAGCUGCCCUUGGAUGACAUCAAGGCCAGUGUCACCGAGAUGAUGGCAGGCGGGGUGGACACGGUAGCACGUGGGCGGGCCAGGCUGUCCCCAAAAUCAGGUCCGUGGGACCUGUCCUCCCCCCCCAGGCUGCACCCCGUGGCGGUGACCCUGCAGAGGUACACCAUGCAAGAGGUCAUCCUCCAGGACUACCGCAUCCCUCCCAAGACGUUGGUGCAGGUCGGUCUCUACGCCAUGGGCCGGGAUGCCAAGGUCUUCCCCAAGCCGGAGCAGUUCAGCCCCCAGCCCGGUCCCAAGCACUUCAAGGGGCUGGGUUUUGGUUUUGGACCCCGCCAGUGCCUGGGGCGCCGGAUCGCCGAGCUGGAGAUGCAGCUCUUCCUCAUGCACAUCCUGGAGAACUUCAAGAUCGAAACCAUGAGAGCGGUGGAAGUCGGGACCAAGUUCGAUCUCAUCCUGAUCCCGGAUAAACCCAUCUACCUGACCUUACGGCCACUCGAGUCCCGGGCGUGA